AGGACGCGGGGAGGGGAGGCUCCGCUAAGGGGAGGAGCCGCUACCCGCGCCCCGCUGUCGGGGAUCCCUCCCGUCGCGGCUCCGCUAUAAAAUCCCGGGCCCGCCUGGUCGCGGCACCCGCGGCGGCCUCCUCCGAGCGCGACCCCCGGCUUGGAGGCGACUUUGCUCCUGCGCAGGAUGCGGCUGCUGCUGGCGCUCCUGGCCCUCGCCACCGCCCGGCCCUUGGCCCGCGCAGAGUCAGACUGGUGCUAUGCGAUUCAAGCCAAGGUCUCCUCCGACACCUGCUUGGGACCGGACAAGUGGGGUGGCAACUGCCAGAAGGACCGCCAAUCCCCCAUCAACAUUGUCACCACCAAGGCACAGUUGGACCCAAACCUGGGACGCUUCUCCUUCUCUGGCUACGACAAGAAGAAAAAGUGGACUGUCGAAAACAAUGGGCACACAGUGAAGAUGUGGCUGGGAGACGGGGUCACAGUUGCUGGAGGAGGACUGGCCUCCCAGUACCGGGCCAAAGAGCUGCACCUGCACUGGUCCAAGGUGCUGGAUGCAGGUUCGGAGCACAGCCUGGAUGGGGAGCACUUUGCCAUGGAGAUGCACAUAGUACAUAUGAAAGACACGGGGACAUCAAGGGACGAGAAAGAGGACCAAAAUAAGAUCGCAGUGCUGGCCUUCCUGGUGGAGGCUGGAUCCAAGAAUGAAGGCUUCCGGCCCUUUGUGGAGGCGCUGUCUGAUAUCCCCAGACCCCACAUGAACACCACGUUAAAAGAGAGCAUCAGCCUGUUAGACCUGCUCCCCAAUGAGGAGAAGCUGAGGUGCUACUUCCGCUACCUGGGCUCACUCACCACGCCGAGCUGUGACGAGAUAGUUGUGUGGACUGUGUUCAGGGAGCCCAUUCAGCUCCACAGGGACCAGAUCUUUGCGUUCUCUGAGAAGCUGUACUAUGACAAAGAACAGAAACUGGGAAUGACAAACAACGUCAGGCCCCUGCGGUCCCGGGGGAAGCGCCAGGUGUUCAAGUCCCAGGCCCCAGGACGGCUGCUGCCCUUGCCGCUGCCCACCCUGCUGGUCCCCAUGCUCACCUGCCUGAUGGCUGGCUUCCUCUGAUGAUGGCUCUCUUCUGGACACUUGACUUCUGACUUCAGCCCUUGGAGGUCUUGGGCCUCUCUUCCACAGGCUUCCCAGGUUGGACUUUAAUGAUUAAAAUAUGGAUAUAUAUUUGGGCCAGCCGGGUGGCUCAGUUGGUUAGAGUGCGAGCUCUGAGCAACAG